CAGAUGCAUACAUAUAUACUCUCACGAGAGAAGUUUCAAUUGGCUUCUCUCUCAUCCCGUUCACGUUGAAGCUGAGAAUAUUCUGAAACAUUGAGCUAGCUAUUCUUGUGGAUUCUUUCUCCAUAUCUGAGUAAUAAUGGCCUCAGAGGAAGAAGACAUGAAUCUAAUAGAGAUAUUGGAGGAGAAUGUGGCUAUUGACACGAGCAGAUACAUGAGCUAUGUCCAGUCUCCGAGCUGUGGCGCCAUAGCAACAUUUGGUGGCACCACUCGCGACACCUUCGAGGGCAAGACUGUCUUGGAGCUGAGGUACGAAGCAUACGUCCCCAUGGCUGUACGAUACAUCAAGACGAUAUGCACUUCUGCAAGAUCAUCAUGGAACCUGAAUUCAAUUGCAGUGGCCCAUCGCUUAGGCCCCGUUCCUGUUGGUGAAACAAGUGUUUUCAUAGCAACCUCAGCCGUUCAUCGUGCAGAUGCCUUGGAUGCUUGCAAGUUCAUCAUCGAUGAGGUUAAGGCAUUGGUUCCUAUAUGGAAGAAGGAAGUUUAUACCAAUGGCGAGGUUUGGAAAGAGAACUCUGAGUUCCUCGAGAGGCGGGACGAGCUCGGGAAUUCAAGUUGCCAGAAAAAAGUUGUAGUGGAUGGACCAGAGAGAAAGGGUUGCUGCGGAGGAAAGGUGAAGAUGCCGCCAGAGGCAUGAGAUGAUGUGUGGUGAUGAAAAGAGAGGCCUUUUGUUGUUGUAAUACAAGGAUUGUUUUUAACAUUUUACUUGUGUAAACUUGUAGUA